AGCUCAACCAGUCUUCCUCCACAUCUCAUAGUACUCCACCAUCACUCGUUCUGCAAACUAGCUAGCUAGCUAGUAGUAUGGCAUCCACGAAGAACAUCCAGCAGCUGACGCUCUCGGAGGAGGAGGCAGGCGCGUGCGCCUUACGGCUAGCGACCAGCUGCGCUCUCCCCUUCACCUUCAAGGCCGCUAUCGAGCUGCGGCUACUCGACAUCAUCGUCGAGGCCGGCCCGGGCGCCAUGUUGAGCCCGGUUGAGAUCGUUGCCCGGCUGCCAACCGAGAACCCGCAGGAGGCCACGAUGCUGGACCGAAUGCUCCGCUUGCUCGCCGCCAACACUGUCGUCAGCUGCACCGUCCAAACUGGAGCCGAUGGCCGCCCAACGAGGAAGUACGGCGCAGCUCCCAUCUGCAAGUACCUGACCAAGAACGAGGAUGGUGUGUGCAUGGCUGCUUUGGCUUUGUUGCUGCAGGAUAAGAUCUUUGUGGAUACAUGGCACCAUUUGAAGGAUUCGGUCCUGGAGGGUGGCAUCCCUAUGAAGACUGCCCACGGGAUGUUCCUGUUCGAUUACAUGAGUUCUGAUCCAAGGUUCAGCACGGUGUUCAACGAGGGCAUGAGGGGCCACUCCAGCAUCAUCAUCAAGAAUCUACUCCGUGUCUACAGUGGCUUCGACGGCAUGGAGGGGCUCGUCGAUGUCGGUGGCAAUGACGGUGCAACCCUCCAAAUGAUCACCUCCAGGCACCCGCACAUCAAGGGCAUCAACUAUGACCUGCCUCAUGUUUUCUCCGGUGCUCAACCCAUGCCACGAGUUGAGCACAUCAGCGGAGACAUGUUUGAAGCUGUUCCGAGCGGAGAUGCCAUCUUCUUGAAGUGGGUUCUUCAUGACUGGAGUGAUGAAGAUUGUGUGAAGAUAUUGAAGAAUUGUUGGAAAGCAUUGACAGAAAACGGGAAAGUGAUUGUGGUGGAAUGCAUACUUCCAAUAGUGCCGGAGCCAACUGCAAAAGCCCAAGCUGUUUUCCAGUUGGACCUCUACUUGAUAGUUCUCACCAAUGGAGGAAGAGAGAGAAGUGAGGAGGAGUUCAAGGACUUGGCAAGAGAAGCUGGGUUUCCGGGAUUCAAAGAUGCUCAUGUGUUUGCGGAUACUUGGGUCAUGGAAUUCACCAAGUAGAUGGUUAGUAUAAAUUGUGUUUUGUACUUGAAUAAAUUUUGUGUGUCUUUGGGCUGCUUUGUCUGAAUUUGAAAAGCUUUUGUUGGUGAAA